GGGGUCAGAGUCUACGUGGUGAGGUUUGGAACCACUAAUCCGGUUGUACACUUGUCACCAUGGUUAAGACCCGUAGUGGGUUAGACACUAGCCCCUACAGUAAGGAGCAACAAGAAAAGAUGGCCGCCUUAGUGAGAGAAAACAGAGAGAGGAAAGAGCGCGAGAGGCAGGCCAAGCUAAAGGCUAUCGCAGAGGAGCAGGCGACUAAGAUGAAGAGGUUGGAGGAGGGGAUGCAGAGGGUUCAACAGGAGGAGGAAGAAAGAAGAAAGGCUGCUGAAGCAAAAGUAGCAGCAGAAGAAGAAAAAGAGAGAAUGAGGAUUGAGAGCGGAGAAGGGAGUAGUGGUGGCACGAUGAAGAGGGAUACAGAUGUUGAGAUUGAGAAGAAGAUAAGCGAGUGGGUCGCUAAGUUAUCGUUGGAAGAGGAUGAGGAGGCAAAAUCUUACGUGACUGAGGAUGAGAGGGCUGCGCUAGCCAGUGAGCUAGCAACAAUGACAGAUCCAAUGGAACGGCGAGAAAGGGAGGAAGAGCAGAAGUUGGCAUGGAAGCUGAGGAUGAAGAGGGGGAAGAAGAGGAGGAGAGAGGAAGUGAACAAAAUGACCGCAGAGGUAGCAAAGGUGCAGGAGUGCAGGCAGGAAGUGUUGGCCCAACCCGACGACAAGGCCAAGUUGCUUAAGAAAGAGGCAAUCUGGCAAUCGGACAAAGACUGUACUUCUGCACUAAAGAGACUGAAACGCGCGUUAAUAGAGUACCCUGUCCUCAAAGUAGCAGAUCCGUCCUUGCCAUUUGUCAUCACCACGGGCGCGAGUCAGCAUGGGAUAGGCGCCGUGUUGCAGCAGGAUGACGACAAUGGCUAUAGACCCAUAGAGUUCAUGUCCGCGAGGAUGCCCUCAAAGAAGGUAGCCACCUCGACGUACGAGAGAGAACUCUACGCUCUCAGGCAGGCGCUAGAGCACUGGAAGCAUUACCUGCUUGGGAGGCACUUCAAAGUGUAUUCUGACCAUGAAACACUUAGAUGGUUGAAGACCCAGGCCAAGAUGACACCUAAGCUAACUAGGUGGACCGCAGAGGUAGACCAAUAUGACUUUGAGCUUAAGCUAGUAAAGGGCAAGUACAACGUAGUUGCGGAUGCUCUGAGUAGGAUAUCAGACUACUUUGGAGCCAUAGUACACUAUCUGGAUAUAGGGAGAGACCUGCAGGAGAAAGUGAAGCAAGCGUAUGCGUAUAGCGAUGUCCUAAAGAGAGUUAGAGAGGCCCCAGAGACUGAGCCAGAUCGCCGCACUACAGACGGAUUGUUGUUUGAGAAGAUUAAUGUGUUUGACCGCUUGUGCGUUCCCAAUAGCGAGGACAUCUGCAGUCUGAUUUUAGGGGAAUGUCACGAUACUGAAGGGCAUUUCGGUUGGCAAAAGACAUUAGCCAAUCUGAUGCGUGCGUACACCUGGCCAGGGAUAAAGAAUAACUGCGGAGAGUAUGCCCGCAGUUGUAAAGUGUGCCAGAGGAACAAGUCUACUACACGCGCGCCCCUAGGUCUUCUCAGACCCUUGCCUAUUCCGGAUCAGUCGGGAGACUCAGUGUCCAUAGACUUCAUGGACACCCAAGUCAAGAGCAGACAUGGUAAGAGCCAAGUCAUGGUCAUAGUUGACCGCUUUAGUAAUGCCACGUCAGCAGUGCAGAUCAACUGUGCCACGUCAGCAGUGCCACGUGACAGUGCCAAGUCACAGUACCACGUCAGCAGUGCCACGUCACAGUGCCAGAUCAGCAGUGCCAUGUCCGCAGUGCCAGAUCAGCAGUGCCACGUCCGCAGUGCCAGAUCAGCAGUGCCACGUCCGCAAAGCCAGAUCAGCAGUGCCACGUCCGCAGUGCCAGAUCAGCAGUGCCACGUCCGCAGUGCCAGGUCACAUUGCCACGUCAGACAUAGUGCCACUGCCACAUCAGCAGUGACACGUAAGCAGCAUUGCCACGUCAGCAACAUGACGGGCCUGCCAGGCCAACUGGCCAAUGAGACCAUUGCCGCCUACAAGCAGCGUUGCCUGGCUCAGAUAGAGGCUGAGGAACAACGCCUGCUGGCAGUCGAGGCUGCCCGCAUACAAGCUGAAGAGGCAGCAGCAGCACAGAAACUGCGGCUACAGGCCGAUGCAGAAGCAGAUGCCCAGGCUCGCCGAAAGGAAGCCCAGGAUCUGCUGCAGCGGCGUGAAGCCAACAACAUCGACAGACUCAAGUACUGGCAUUUUCAACCAAACGGCGACGACGCAACACCGGAAGAAAAGCACAAGGAGUUCCUCUCCAAACUCGUGACGCGGUUGUUGUAUGCUUGCAACUACCAAAGGUUAGAGUUCGAGAGACAGCACUGGGACCUGACGCAACAGCAUCAGGAAUUGGCGACGCUCCGCCGCACAGUGCAGAGCCACGAGGAUGCAACUCGGGCACUCAAUGCCCGAUUGUUGGACCUGGAACAGGCUGUACCAGGACCAGCUGCUGGAGCUUCCAGCAGUGCACCCUCAAGCYGCCAACUGGAGGACCGYGUUGACCACGUAGUGGCAAUGCUCGGCGACAUCAGCACCUUCGCUGCGCCGACCACCACCAUCAGCAGUCAGCUGCAUACACUGAAGACCGAGGUCCAGAAGCUGCAGUCGACGAACGCGGACGACAAUCCGAAGAUGUACAAGAUGCCAACUUUCAACCUGGAGAGRUUCGACGACUACACGCAGCASGAUCCCGUCCUCUGGUGGGAAGCAUUCACAAYGCAACUYAGGAUUCUGCMAGUAGCCAAGCAUGCGUACAUCGGCGCCCUGUUCCUGAACUCAAAGGGCGGAUGCCAGACCUGGUUGAGCCAYCUGGCAACCUCCCACGGCGUCGACGUACCAGACUUGAAGGACGUAAUCACAUGGGAGGAACUAACACGGCUGUGGAAGAAGCGGUUCAUCGUCGACGACGCGCCGGCACUCGCCAUCAACCGUUUGUUCACUAUGUCACAAGGCAACACAGCAACACGGGACUGGCUCACGGAGUGGCAAAAGAUUGCGGUUGUGCCCAAUCUGAACCUACCAUUCAAGCAUCUAUGCCGUGAGUUCUACAACAGGGUGCUUGACGUGCUCUUCCAUGGACUUGCUGAAAAUCAGGAUGUCGUCAAGGUAAAUAACAACAAACAUGUUGAGCUGAUGGUGGAGAACCUUGUGCAUGAGGCACUGAAAUGUGGCUGGUGCAUUCGUAAGACCGAAGGGCAUAACGAUGAAUUUGUACAACCCAUCGCGAGUUUUGAAUGCAGUUUUGUGGUGGUUGCUCCGAUCAACUUCAAUUUGGUGGUAGUCAGAUUUGAGGUCGAUCUUGGAGAAGACUUUGCACCCCUCUGCCACAUCUAACAGAUCAUCUAUGCGAGGCAAGGGAUAARCUUUCUUUCGGGUGAUACGAUUUAGGCCACGAUAGUCCAUACACAUCCGGAGUUUGCCUCCUUUCUUCGGCACAAACAGGAYAGGUGCACCGAACUCAGACUCRCUAGGCCUAAUCCAUCCACRAUUAAUCAUGGCAUCAUUUUGUCUCCUCAACUCCCCCAACUCGCCUUGUCCCAUACGAUAGACGCAACCCUUUGGAGGAACACUCCAUUAUUAUCUCGAUCUUGUGUUUGACCGGACGCUCGGGAACUCCACGAG